AUGUCUGAUUCAAGUUUAAGUGGAACAAAUGAUUUAACUUAUAAACAAUCAGCUGAAAAUAUAUUUAAUCACGAUAGUGCUUAUGAUAAACAACGAACAAAUUUAAAUGAUAUGAUUAGAAAUUAUGUUAAAAAUUAUCAUGAUCAAAAUCGAAUAUGUCUUAUUGAUAUUGAUAAACAUAUUAAUUAUCAUUCUAUGAAUGAUAUUCCAGAAAUUUUUAAUAAAAUACAUCAACAAUCAUGA